CUCACUGCCACGCCCCACAUCUCGCCGUCCAUUAUCCAUUAUGCUGUCGAAAAACUGAAAGACUACAAUUAUUUAUCUGCUUAAAUCAUAGGCAUCCGCCGUCUGAUACUAACAAAGGGCUGACGAAUGAAUAAAACAGGUGCAUCAGAUCAACUCUGACCGAGAUUCUUCUAAAUGCAGACAUCAUCCAUGUAGUGGAGGAUAAACUUUUCAUGCCUGAUCUCCCAGCUGACAUUGUAGAAGCUGUGGAUGACAAAACAGUAGCCACUUUGAAGUCGACCAGACUUGCUGUCUUGGCUCAUCAACAAGGGCUUCAGAUCAGUGUGGAUUGCCCCAACGAGCAAAUGCGAGCCAUUUGCUCUAACCACCACUUUCGCCUUGCGACGAGCAGGGGCCAGUACGCAGCGGCUCUGUUGAAGGUGUGAGCAAGAAAACAGACAUUUGAUGUCCCUAUUGAGAGCAUGGGCAAAGGCUUGGUCAAGUUUGAAGAGGCAUUUGUCAACAUGUGCAACAACCAGGCAGCUAAAUUGGCCUACAUGCACCCAAAUCAUCUACUGCUAUUGUCAUUUAGGAACAUAAAGCACUCCCAACGCCAAGAAGUUGAGCCCAUGAUCAACAAGCUCAAUGAAAAACUUCUUAAGGCAGAUCAUGUCCGUCUUUUGAGGGAUGCAGUGGAUUUGCCCGAAUUGCCAAAAGAAAUCGAUGGUGUCAUCAGAGACUUCGGCUAUGAUGAACUCAUUCCGAUUGACAUGGUUGCCUUGGUGCAUGUCCUGCAGCUGAAAAUCGAGCUGGCCUCAUGUUGAGAUGUUGCUGCUAAAUGCAGUGAUAAAAAAACUGCAAGGUCCAUGCAAAAGCAGUGCAGGUCACAGAGGCUCAAUUUCUGUUAAGCCGUCAACUUCCACUCAAAAGGGCAAGUUUCCAGCUGGUUGCAGCACUUCUAAGCUCUCAACUUCCACACAGAAGCGCAAAAUUUAGACAAGCUGAAGACGAUGUCAACAAUGAUGCUGAAGACGAUGUCAACAAUGCCCAAGAAAACUAUGCCAGAGACGAUGACUGUUGAAUUCUGAAGAUGCCGAAAUCAAGCUUUAAGUAAAUUUAAAAAUUAAAUAAUUUUACUCAAUUAUAUUGAAUUAUGUAAUGAGAAUUAAUAGAUAUCUGAAAUAAUUAUUUUUUUCAAUACAGAUUAACUAUGUUAUUUCAUUUCUAGAGUUUAUUAUAUAAACAUUAUCCAAUAAAUUUUUAAAAUUCUAAUAUUAUUCUGAUUUUUGUAAAAAAAAAUUUAUAUUGUGAUUCUUGAGAUUUACUAAAGGAGAAAUAAAAGAAAGUAACAAAGGC